AUUAAGUUUGUGUCGGUUGAGGCUAAUGGCAAAGUGGUGAACAUCAGCACCGGUUUUGGUGUCGGAGCCGUUGCUCUCUAUUCGGUGCAAACGGAUGACAACCAUUUGAUGCGUUACUAUAACUCUGCCACAGAAGUGGACACCGAAGCAGAAAUUGACGACUCGCUCGACAAACUCAGCGAUGAAUAUUUAGUGGAAAUACCGGAGAAUGCGGGCAAAAAUCAGACGAAAGUAAUUUUGGCCCAAAAGGCGAAGUUUGGUAUGAAGAUAGAGCCCAAGUCUAAGGGCAAGAAGACUGUGAACGUGACCGUAGAUCACGGAUACGUUGUCGGCGCUAUUGUCAACGUAACCAGUGGUCGCAAAUUCAAUUGAGUCCACAGUUUUGUUUCUUAAAUACUGUAUAUUUUAUAUAUUUUUAUAAAAACGUGUUUGAGAAAUAAAUGUAAUGAGUCAUUGAGAUAGGUCUAUUAUCUUAUUACUAAGGUAAUUGCUAAUGACUACAAAAUGAAUAAAUA